UUUCUUCAUCUUUCAGAUUUUCAAACACUUGAAGAGAUCAAUUGAAACGAAGCAAAACUCAAAAUCCCUACAAAGAUUUCUGUUGACUCGUCAUGGCUCCUUUGAAGUUCCUCGUUUUAUCGAUCUUCUUAGCUCUCAUUUUCACGAAAACCACGGCCGAUGCAGGGGUUCACGAUGAGAAUAUCACACCCAAGGUCUCCGAUUCGUCUCUAAAGAUGGAAUUGGAGCAUCUAAAGUCGAAGAUCUCCGUUCUGGAAUCUAACAUCGAAGAGAAAACCCGAGAGUUGAAGAGCAAGGAUGAGAGCAUUGCUCAGAUGGAGAAGACUGUUCAGGAGAAGUCAGAUAGUACUGUAUCUUUACAAAGUAAGAUAGAUUUGCUUCAGAAAAAAGGUACUUUAGAUGCUGAGGAGCAGAUGGGAAAAGUACAUGCUCGGGCUGGUGAACUUGUGAAGCAGGUUGAGAAACUUAAAAGAGAACUAGAAGUGCAGAAAAGGAAUAAAGAAGCCCUGGCAGCACAAGGAAGUCAAGCUGAAAAGAAAAUUGAUGUACUAAAUAUGAAGCUAGAAAAUCUCCAGAAGAUUAAUGAUGAACAAAAGAUCAGGAUUCGCAAAACUGAACAUGCUCUUCAAAUCGCUGAGGAGGAGAUGAUGAAGACAAAGUUUGAGGCAAAUUCAAAGAUUAAAGAGUUGAUGGAGGUUCAUGGUGCAUGGCUUCCCUCUUGGCUUGCAGCUCAUUUAGUUCAUUUUCAGUUGGUCAUGGCAGAACACUGGAAUAAGCAUGGGAAACCAGCCAUGGACAUUGUGGUCGAAAAGGCCUCGGAUAAAAAAGCUCAAGUGCACAAGUGGGCCGAACCCCACAUUGAAACAGUUGAAACUAGAUGGAUCCCAACUUUAAAGGAACAAUGGUUAACAUUUACAGCAUAUGUUGAACCACAUGUCCAAUUAGCAACUAAGAGAAGCAUUGAGGUCUAUGAGACAUCCAAAAGUGCCAUAGCACCAUAUGUGGUUCAAAUACAAGAAUUCUCGGAUCCUUACUUACAGGAAGCUAAGAAGUUUACCAUGCCGUACAUCGAUCAGGUUGCAACUGCAGCCAAACCUCAUGUUGAUAAAGCAUGGGUUGCCUUGAAACCAUAUACAAAAAAAGUAGUUCACAGUUAUGAAAAAUUCCUCGAGUCAGCAUCCACAUACCACCUUCAGGCUUUGGUCUUAUUGGCUCUUCCAAUAAUAAUCCUAAUUAGACUGUUCUCAGCCAUUUUCUGUAAGAAGGCAAAGAAACCUGCUCGGAAUGCCCAUACAAGCCACACACGCCGUAGAGCUAAACGGGGGUAUCCUGACAAGUAGAUGCCAUGGGGUAUUUGGAUGGAGAUUCUUUUUGCAUGUUUGACUCGAGCAUAGUGCCAGAAAGAGCUUAGCUUCUGCACUGUUUAAAUACUCUCUUCCAUGGAAACCUUGAGGACUGCCUGUUCCAAAGCUCUGGAAGAUAAUUCGACUUGUAUGAUGUAGACAAAGUUUGUUGGUUAAUGAGGGGAGAAGAUGAGGAAUUUUUUUGUUCUCUUUGAUAGAGCUCUUGAUAACAGUCGGCAUACAAGUUCUAGUCGUGUUGCUCCAAAAGUCUGAAUUUCAUGAAUUAUCUUCGUUUUUUGAGAUUUUUUGUAGACUUGAAAUCUUUAACGGUUUUUUUUUUUUUUUUUUUAACACGAUUCAUAAGAUAUGUUACUGUUAAAUAUUUCUUUAUUAACACAUUAGUG